GGUCGGGCAGGCGGUCGGGCGGGAGAGGAGGCGGAGGCGGCUCCGUCGCUUUAGGCUGUUUUGGCUCAGGGCGAGGGAGUCGCCAAUCGAAGCCGCGGCCUGCCUUGCCCGCGUUCUGGUCCAGAUAACUGGCCCAGUGCAUCAAGCCGGGGCGGCAUGCCGUGGCAGGGCAUGGUCCAGGAUGAGUUUAAAAGAUGUCAGCAGUGCAACUUGUCCAGAGAAUGUAAUCUAUGCCCUUCAUAUUUAUCCCCAGCUCUCAACAGAACAUAGUUCCUGUUGCAGGGUAACAGCGACUAAGGAUUCCACAGCCACCGAGGUCAUUAAGGAUGUUAUCAGCUCCCUGAGUUUGGACCUCUCUAAGCAUUAUGUACUUGUGGAGGUGAAGGAGACAGGGGGAGAGGAAUGGGUAUUAGAUGGGAAUGACCCUCCUGUCCAUAGGGUUCUGCUUUGGCCCCGCCGGGCCCAGGACGACCAUCCGCGGGAAGAUGGUUAUUAUUUUGUUUUACAAGAGAGGAAUGCUGAUGGGACUAUCAAAUAUGUCCACAUGCAGCAGACCUGUGAAGAAGAGAACCAGGAGGAAGCCCGGCGACUGGUUGAAAGGGGCUUCCUUCCUUGGCAACAUUUCAAUGAUAUGUGUAACCUUCCCAACUUGACGGAGACCACCCUAUUGGAAAACCUCAAGCGUCGUUUCCUGAAACAGAAGAUCUAUACCUACGUGGGCAGCAUCCUCAUUGCCAUCAACCCUUUCAAAUUUCUGCCCAUCUAUAACCCCAAGUACGUCCAGAUGUACGAGAACCACCAACUUGGGAAGUUGGAGCCCCACAUCUUUGCCAUCGCUGACGUAGCCUACCACGCUAUGCUGAAGAAACACACGAAUCAGUGCAUUGUUAUUUCUGGCGAGAGUGGAUCAGGAAAAACCCAAAGCACAAACUUCCUGAUCCACUGCCUCACUGCCCUGAGUCAAAAGGGUUAUGCUAGCGGAGUGGAGAGAACUAUUUUGGGAGCCGGACCAGUGCUGGAGGCCUUUGGGAAUGCAAAGACAGCCCACAAUAACAACUCAAGUCGUUUUGGGAAAUUCAUCCAGGUCAACUACUUGGAGAAUGGCAUUGUCCGAGGGGCUGUGGUUGAAAAAUAUCUCCUUGAAAAAUCUCGCUUGGUGUCUCAGGAAAAAAAUGAAAGGAACUACCAUGUAUUUUAUUAUUUGCUGCUUGGUGCCAGCGAGGAAGAGCGCAAAGAAUUCCACCUCAAGCAGCCUCAAGACUACUUCUACCUCAACCAGCAUAACUUGAAAAUUGAAGAUGGAGAAGACCUCCAGCAUGAUUUUGAACGGUUAAAGCAAGCCAUGGAAAUGGUUGGUUUUCUUCCAGCAACAAAGAAACAAAUUUUUUCAGUGCUUUCUGCUAUUCUCUACCUGGGAAAUGUUACUUAUAAGAAAAAGGCAGCAGGUCGAGAUGAGGGGCUGGAAGUGGGACCCCCUGAAGUGCUAGACAUUCUCUCACAGCUUCUGAAGGUGAAACGUGAAACCUUAGUGGAAGUGUUGACAAAAAGAAAAACAGUGACAGUGAAUGAUAAACUGAUCCUUCCAUAUAGCCUCAAUGAGGCCAUCACAGCUCGUGAUUCUAUGGCUAAGUCUUUGUACAGUGCCCUCUUUGACUGGAUCGUUCUGCGAAUUAACCAUGCACUUCUCAACAAGAAGGAUAUGGAAGAGUCUGUUACGUGCUUGUCCAUUGGGGUACUCGAUAUCUUUGGUUUUGAAGACUUCAAAACAAACAGUUUUGAACAGUUCUGCAUAAACUAUGCAAAUGAGCAGUUGCAGUAUUACUUCAAUCAACAUAUUUUCAAGCUUGAACAGGAAGAAUAUCAGAGUGAAGGGAUUGCAUGGCACAACAUCGACUAUACAGACAAUGUGGCCUGCAUCCAUUUAAUUGGCAAGAAACCAACUGGUCUGUUGUACCUAUUAGAUGAAGAAAGCAAUUUUCCACAUGCCACUAGCGAGACGCUUCUUGCAAAGUUCAAACAGCAGCACGAAGACAGCAAGUUCUUCAUUGGAACUCCUGUAUUGGAACCUGCUUUCAUCAUUCAACACUUUGCUGGCAAAGUGAAAUAUCAGAUAAAGGAUUUCCGUGAAAAGAACAUGGAUUAUAUGCGGCCAGAUAUUGUUGCCUUGCUGCGCAGCAGUGACAGCACUUAUGUUCGUGAGCUGAUUGGAAUGGAUCCAGUGGCUGUUUUCCGGUGGGCUAUUCUCCGUGCAGCAAUCCACGCCAUGGCUGUUUUUGCAGAAGCGGGUCGCCAAAGAGCUGAGAAAACAGCAGGGGUAAUACGCCAUGGACCCAGGAUCCCACUGGGGGAACUGCAACAGAGCAACACCCCAAAUGAGAGAGUUUAUCGGGACUUGCAUGAGCAAAUAGUUAGGAGUAUAAAAGGCCUGCCGUGGCAGGGUGAAGAUCCCCGCAGGCUCCUGCAGUCACUCAGCUGGUACCAGCAGCCCCGUUGCCAUUUCCUGAAGAACAGAGGUAUUAAACAAAAGCAGAUCAUCCCAAAGAAUUUACUGGACUCAAAGUCUUUGAAACUCAUCGUGAGCAUGACGUUGCAUGACCGAACCACAAAAUCCCUCCUGCAUUUGCAUAAGAAGAAGAAGCCGCCUAGCAUCAGCGCUCAGUUCCAGACUUCUUUGAACAAGCUUCUAGAAACUUUGGGGAAAGCUGAGCCCUUUUUUAUCCGCUGCAUCCGUUCCAAUUCUGAGAAGAGGGAGUUGUUCUUUGAUGAACGGCUGGUACUUCAGCAAUUGAGAUAUACAGGAAUGCUGGAAACAGUGAGAAUCCGACAAUCAGGCUACAGUGCUAAAUUUAACUUCCAGGAUUUUAUUGGUCAAUUUCAAGUGUUGCUGCCCAAAAAUGUCAAAGCCUCCAAGGAAGAAAUUAAUGCUCUGUUAAACAAGCUGAAUCUGGACACUAACAGCUAUCAAAUAGGAAAGACCAAGGUAUUCAUGAAGGAAGCCACCCGACAGGUGCUCCAGGACACCCUACACAAAGAAGUCAUCCGGAAGAUCAUUGUCCUCCAGAGCUGGCUGCGAAUGGUGCUGGAGAGGAGGCGCUUCCUCCGGACUCGGCAAGCGGCGAUUACCUUGCAGGCACGCUGGCGUUCUUACUGUGUCGUCCGGAGGGCCCUGGAGAAAGAAAAUGCUGCUAUUUAUAUUCAAUCGGUAUGGCGUGGAUACCGAGAAAGGAAAACAUACCAGCACCAGAAGAAGAGGGUUUGUCUCCUUCAGGCUCUGGUACGGGGGUAUCUGCAGCGCAAAAGGUUUCGUCAAAUGAUUGCAGAGAAAAAGCAAGAGGAAAUAAAACAGGAACUUUUAAAGCAAGAUAAUGAGUUGCUCCAGCCAAAGGAACCCAUCUCAGAGCAGGUGGCUAUUGAGCUCAAGGUGCAGCUGGAUAAAACAUCUGGGCUGAUAGCAGAUGGUGAUGGAUCCAAAAAUGCCCAAGCAGAAAGCCAGUCUCCUCCUCAGUCUCAAAAGAUCAACCGGAAGAAACGGGAGUGCCGCCGACAAAGAGGAUUGGAGCACAACAAGCUGCAAAAUAAGCAAGUUGUUUUAGCAUUUGAGGGGGCCCCCGAAGUCCCUACCAGGGAAAAUAGCCCCCCUCAGGAAGAAGAGGUUCAAAAGCUUGAGCAACCUGUAGGAGAAGAUGCAGUUUCCUCUUCAGAAAUGCUCCCCAAAUGCGUUGAGGAAGAAGGAGCACCAGGGACUGACAAUCAUCUUCCUCCUUUGGAUGGUGGCGCACUGGUUCCCAGUCCAAGCCCAGUAAUGAAACUGGAAAAUAGGGUGCUAAAAGAGGAUGGAAAUGUACAGGAAAGACUGGAAAAUCCCAAGAUCCGGACCAGUCAAAGCUUCACUUAUCCUGAGAGGCCCACAGAGCUGGAUCUAACUUGGCCAAACAGUCUGAUGGCUAACCGGAGCUUCCGGAGCCGUGCUGACAAAAGGAAGCCACAAGCUGUGAAGGACUUAGGCAGUCCCCCCUCCUUCCAAAUUCAACGGUACCUGGACGACCCAAGCAAACUGCGAGAUAAGCGGGAGCGCUGGCAAGGAAAGAGGCAGCAGGUCAGCGGACAGAACAACCUGGUCAGCCUAUCUUUGGAAGAGAAGAGUGCUCCAGCCAUAUCUUCUUCUGCAAAAUUAAAGAAGAAAAAAACGGCUUCUUCCUUGGACGACAUCCCCAAGGUCACUCUUUCCACUUCCACAAGCCAGCCAUCUUUGGACACAGUAGAAAGUGAUGGAAACACCCAGAAGAAAAUCGCACCGAAGAAAUCUGAGGAGCUACCUACUACCUUAAGUGCAGUGGGCCUUACUUCAGGACCCAGCCAACAGAUAGAUGCCAAAUCUACUUUCAAGAGUCCAUUGUGGAGACUCUUGGCAAAAAGAACAGACAAGAAGAACCUCAAAGAGUAUUCUGAAGUAUUCGAGGAUACUAGUGAGUCUAUUCCACUCUUCUCCUGCAUGUUGCCAAUGGAGCCGACAGUGACGCAGAAGGCAAUAGAAGCUCCUUCUGGGCCUCCUAAUCACCCCCAGUUGGAGGAGCGCCAGACAAAAGAAUUCGGCAAAGCAAAGAGGAACCGCACCAUUAAGAUCAGCAAAGCCAAACGGGCGCCAGAGAAAUGGAAGGCACCAUUUCUAAGGGAGAUUGCAAAUGCUAGUGAGCUGAAAUAUUUGGAUGAAUUCCUUUUGAACAAGAUAAAUGAUCUCCAUUCUCAGAAGUCAGCCAUUGAAUGCUUGUUUUUUGAAGCCACUGAGAAGUUUCGUGGGAAUAUCAAAACCAUGUAUUCUGCUCCUAACGGACAGAUCCAUGUUGGCUACAGAGACCUGAUGGAAAACUACCAACUCCUCGUGGUCAACAUGGCAAAACAGAAAGAAGAGAAGGACGUGAAGCUGGUCUUGAAUCUUUUCCAGUCUCUUCUGGAUGAGUUUGCCCGCAGCUAUGCGAAAAAAGAAGAGCCAGAACAACACAAGCAAAGCAAGGCUCAAAAAAAAAAGCGAAAACAGGAACAUGUGAUUGUGGAACUCAAUGGCCAUGUCUUUGUGAAUUACCAAGUGAACAUCUUACAGUCUUGCGAGCAGUGCUCUUCCUACAUCUGGCCUAUGGAGAAGGCUUGUCUUUGUAGCAUCUGUAAGCUGACCUGCCAUAAGAAGUGCCUGUCCAAAAUCCAAAGCGGAUGCACAUCCUCACAAGCAAAAAAAGGUGACCAAGACCCAGAGUCCCGUCACUUUGGAGUCAGUGUCAGCGUUCUGACUAGUGAGAAGAACUCGGUCCCGAUUGUCAUGGAGAAGCUGUUGGAGUAUGUCGAGAUGCACGGGCUCUACACCGAAGGCAUCUACCGGAAGUCGGGAUCAGCAAACCGCAUGAGGGAGUUGAAACAGUCCCUGCAAGCAGACCCAAACUCGGUGCGGCUAGAGAACUAUCCCAUCCAUACCAUCACGGGGAUUUUCAAACAAUGGCUGAGAGAGUUACCGGAUCCUCUUAUGACUUUUGCUCAGUACAAUGACUUCCUUCGGGCGGUGGAGCUCCCAGAGAAGCAAGAGCAGCUCUGUGCCGUUUACAGCGUCCUUGAGCAGCUCCCACAGGCCAAUCAUGACACCUUGGAACGGCUGAUUUUCCACCUUGUCAAGGUAGCCGUGGUGGAAGAAGUCAAUCGGAUGUCACCCAAUGCCCUGGCCAUUGUCUUUGCCCCCUGCCUCUUGCGCUGUCCUGACAACUUGGAUCCUCUCACUAGCAUGAAGGAUGUCUCCAAAACAACCACGUGUGUGGAGAUGAUCAUCAAGGAACAGCUGAGAAAGUACAGCAUGAAGAUGGAUGAAAUUUGCCAACUAGAAGCAGCGGAAAGCAUUGCUCUACGGCGGCUUUCACUGCUUCGACAGAACAAAUUGUGGCCAGUAAAACUUGCCUUUUCCUCUCCCCGCGAGGGAGCCCGGAGCAAGAGUCCCCAGACCGUAGGAGUGAGCAGUGCCACACCUAAACUUGGACUUUUGCCUGAAGAGGAGGAAACAGACAACAGGGAGAAGGAGCUGUUGAUGGAACGGAUACAAUCAAUAAAGGAAGAGAAGGAAGACAUAACAUACCGGCUCCCCGAAUUGGACCAGCGUUGUUCUGAUGAGGAGAAUGUCGAUUCCGAGACAUCGGUUAGCACAGAAAGCUUGUUAGAGGAGCGCGUGGGGGGCUGUGACCCUGAAGGAAACAAAGAGGCUGCUGCUCAGUGCAUCAGCCUCUCCGCCAAAGAAGCGACUGGAUCACCGACGACGCUGCCGUCUUCAGCCAAGGUAGAUCCAGCUCCUCCUCACCUAUCCACCACAUGUGGGCCAUCCUCUUUGCUUCUGCUCAAGGGAAGCCCUCUUAAUCAAACUCCAGGGGAUGCACAUAGCCAAGCCCAAGCCGUCUUCCAGGAUUGAGAAACUAACAGACCUACUCUCUCUCUGCUCCAAGAACUGCCUCUUUUCUAGGAUGAACUGCUCACAGGACUGUACUAAGAACAGUCAUCUUAAAAGCUAAACGGGAGAGGCAGGCUC